GUCAUGACGGCCCGGUCUCUAAUGGCUGAACAACAACUGACGGCUAGUGACAAACUUUACCAAACUUCUUCAGGGGCGAAAGAAACUUUGAAUCGACAUUUAGUAUCAGCUGUGUAACAGCCACGGCGUGUUUGUCUUGUUCUCGUUGUGAUUACAAAUGUGGAAUUACUGAUGGAUCCGAGGUAUGACAUACCGCGGAGGGCCGCCGGAGGUGGCGGGGGCUCCGCGAACUCGUCCCCCGCUCUAGGGGCUCAGUCGCGCCGCAGGAAGAUGCCUCCCAGGCCCGCUGACUUUAAACUUCAAAUUAUCAUAAUUGGCUCCCGCGGUGUUGGUAAAACCAGCCUCAUGGAGAGAUAUACUGACGACACUUUCUGCGAAGCUUGCAAGUCGACCGUAGGAGUUGACUUCAAGAUCAAGACAGUGGAGCUGAGAGGGAAGAAAAUCAGACUACAGAUAUGGGACACGGCUGGCCAGGAGAGGUUCAACAGCAUCACAUCAGCCUACUACAGAAGUGCAAAGGGAAUAGUGCUGGUGUAUGAUAUCACAAAGCAGGAGACCUUUGAUGACCUGCCCAAAUGGAUGAAAAUGAUAGACAAGUACGCCUCAGAGGAAGCAGAGCUUCUGCUGGUCGGAAACAAACUGGACUGUGAGACUGAUCGGAUCAUCUCCAAACAACAAGGAGAGAGGUUUGCCUCCAGAAUAAGUGGAAUGCGUUUCUGCGAAGCUAGUGCCAAGGAUAAUUUCAAUGUCGAUGAGAUCUUCCUGAAGCUUGUGGACGACAUCCUUAGCAAGAUGCCUCUGGAAGUUUCCAACAAGGAGCUUUCCAACAGCGUCCUGUCUCUGCAGCCUGAACCGGAAGUGCCUCCGGAGUUGCCGCCUCCUCGCAUGCGCUGUUGCUGAGAGCCAGAGUGUUCCCCAAUCCUUUUACACACAAACACACAACUGCACAUUACAGCUCAUCACAUGCAGAGUACCAAUCUGGCCACUGGGGGGCGGCAAAUAGCAGCAGUUGGGAGCUAAUGACUGCUGAUGUACGACGCAUGGACUCUCUAAACAACCAGUAUCAACCCUGUUCCCUCUCCUGUCUUCUAGCUGUACUCACUGACAUGUGCUUCACUAACACUUAGGCAUAGUGAAUCGCCCACUUCCUACCACAUGUCUGUCUACACUUGACCCAGACUACCUCAUUCCUCAAACCGCUUGACUAGCUGUGCCCCGCAGGUGCCUUGGAGGUAGAGAGCCCUCUGGUAGCAGUUGCACAUUAACCAGAUGAGGGAUUACUGAAGGCCUAACAGCUCGUUCUCUUCCUUUUUUUUCUAUUAUUAAACAGUCAACAUGAAUACUGUACACUAAGGUUGGUGCAUCUGCAUCAUGUUACAGUAAAGGGAUAACAAUAUCUCACAUCACUGCAGCUUAGUUUAAAUUCUAGGUGUAGUUAAAUACGUUUUUUUAAUCUCAUUAAAAGGUAUAUUUACCAAGAGACGAGCUGACUUGAGGUAAACAAAAGCACAUGAUGUAAAUACGCUGUGUUGGUGUAAUGACUGGACAAGAUGCAGAUUUUUGUGGCCAGCAGAAAGUGGUGGUGUGGUUGUGGUGAUCAUAUCAGUUUUUAUUCCUAUGCGUUAAGAUAUUUGGCGAGGCUGAAACGGCUCAUUUCCCAUUUGUAUAAGUUGAAACGUUUUUGCACUACAAUUCCUCUUACUUAGUUAAACUGACAUGAAGAAAAAACAAGUACACAACUUGUAGUUUAGUGUUCAAAGUAAAAGAUCAAUGCUGCCUCUCAAGUGGCUGCUCCUAAUUCUUCCGUACGCCUGAUGGUCAUGCAAGGAGAGAUGGGUAAUGUAGUCUUUUAGGGAUCUGUGUUUUCACUUGAGGCAUCCUCCAGUUGAGAUGCUGAAUUUUUAGUGGAAAUGAGGACUAUAUAUUUCUAGUAAACCCACACCAUGGUUUUAACCUUUGCUUUGGUUGUUACUAAUACAGAAAAGUGUUUUGUUGUUUAUGUUUUUCCUUUGAAUUGAGACACAGACGAGGGAAGGUUGUUGUGCAGGAACUAAAGGUUGUUGUUUUUGUAGUAUUUGAAUGGCUCAGGACACGUUUGUCAGGCUUUUAAUGCAAACUGGAUGUGUUAAGAGUUUCAUAACAGAUACAAAAACUUCUUAAAUAUCCAGCUUAAAGGGGAAAUUAACUAUUUACAGAAGGGGUCAGCAGUUUUGAAUUCAUGAUUUGGCUGUUGAGGAAAAACGUGGUGAAAUGCCAUUACCUGCACAUUUGCAAAAAUACUAGGCUAUGCAUGUUAAGCCCUAGUGUCUUAAUAGACAUUUAUAAUCCUUUAAAUCUUCCGUCUUUUUAAGUCAAUUAAUGCAAUAUUAGCAAUGUAGCACUGUGAGUCUUUCGGUUUUGUUUGUUCAUGUUGAGGUAAAAGCCUGUGUGCGAGGUUAAGGAAGGACAAACCUGUUUAAAGAACCUGAUUAAGAAUGACUCGCUGUUUAAUUCUGUUUUUGUUGAAGAUUUAUGUUAAGCUCCAGCAGCUUUUGUGGACUUAGAAGGGCACAUUUUGUAGUCGAACAGGUGAUUAGUUACAUACCAAAACAAAAGAAAACGACAGUUAGUGAUAUUCAAGCAGCGCUCACAGUGAGUUUAUCAGCCAGCAAACUUUAGUGCAUACAAGUAAACUUUGCAGUUUUAUCACUUGUAUUUUAAAACCACAAACUUCUUUCAUAUUUUCUUUUUUGUGGAAUCAAACCUUUUGAUUGGCCCCUGUCUCGUAGCAUCAGGCACUAACCCUGUGGUCUUUUGAUUUGAAUAGCCAAGCCUUAUACCACUCAGUGUUUUAAAUAACCAUUUGAAAAUAUUGAUUUCAUUUGAAAUGUGUAUCCUUUAAGAUGGACGACUGUACUUUCUACUACAUCUGUUCAAAAGUCUUUGAAAAGUUUUGGCAUGUUUAAAGCAGAUUUGUGGUAUUUAUAACUUGUGGCAUUCUCAUACUAAUGAAAUGCGAUUAAAGAUAUCUAUAUUUAUUACCAGA